AUGGAUCUGGUCAUUCGUCUCAUCAUUUCACUCGACCUAGAUGAUCCCACGCGCGAUAGAUGCGAAGAGGCGCUCCUCGCUAUAAGUGCCGGAACAGUAACGCCUAAGCACUGGCGCGGCUUACCUGCGAAUAUAAUCGGAGCGCUCCCUCGACAAGCGUUGAGGACCUGCCCUGACGACUUGUUGCCAAAUAAUGAAACUAUCGAGGAACGUGUUCGGCAGGAUUCUGCUCUCUUUCCCAUAGUUGAAGUAAAUGAAUCUCCAACAAAUACAGAAGGAAAGUACCAGGUAUUGGCUCCCUCGACGGACAACUGCACCUGCACGGCCCAACUAGAAAAGCAUACCUGUUUGUAUAAGCACUACACGUCUCAAGACGGCCUCGCGGUCAACAUAGACCGUCGUUUCCACGGUCGUGAUGACAAAAAACGGACAAACAUUGAUCAUGUCAAAAGAUUUCAAGAGCUAAAAAGGCGCCUAAACUCGGGGUUUGGUAAUGAUAGUUCACUGUUAUCCAUUGGGGGCGACGAUGGAUCAUGGAACAUUGACAGAGAAUUGGUUGUAGUACAGGGUGAGUGA